GGAAAAUUGUCAAGACAGUACAAAUAUUCGCAAUUUUUUACAGUGCCGCCGAUGAUUCUGGAAGGGGAACGUAUAGUGCAAGUGAAGGAAAACACAGCAUUAAUACUGGAAUGUGCUGCAACGGGAAAUCCCAAACCAAAGAUUGUUUGGAAACGAGAUGGACGACCACUGGAUACGCGUGACUCGCGCCUUGUGAUUGCUAAUUCGAAAGCUUCAGACGCGGGCAGAUACACUUGUGAAGCACGAAAUGAAGCGGGCAAAGCAUCCGCUGAUUUUGAAGUUGAUAUUUUCAUCAAACCGCGAUUCCGCGAUUUGAAACCGGAUGUUCGAGUGCGGGAUGGCGAGCGCACUCGUUUGGAGUGUAAGGUUGAUGGUCAUCCAGAACCGACUAUCACCUGGAUGCGUGGCGGACGACCGAUCGAAGAUAUGAGAAACAUUAUUUUAAGUCCACGCGGUGAAACGCUGAUGAUUCUAAAGUCGCACAGAGCAGAUUCUGGUAGCUAUUCUUGUGUUGCAAAGAAUUUUGCUGGUGAAGCGGAAGCUGGCUUCACUGUGACUGUCUUAACAUCGCCGCAUAUCGAGGAACAGAUCGAUCAAAACCCACGAAUUGUUCAAGGAAAUGACGUUAUCCUACAUUGUCCUGUGCGAGGCAAUCCAAAACCAAAGGUUUCGUUAGAUGUCUUGAUGUGA